CACCUUUCUUCUCUUUUCUCUUUCUCUCUCGUUUAGCAUUCUCAUGAAAUUAGGAUUUUAGAAAGAUAGAUCGAUGACGAAAGAGAAAAGAGAAGAAAGGUGGUUUGUCGUUGAGUAAAAAAACCAGAGAAGUUUCUCUUUCAAGAUGUGAUAUCUUGUAAUUUUUGGAACUCCAUGUUCAUGGUGUGUUAUAUCUAUGUUCAUGGUUGGUUCAGACUUAUCAUAGAUCAUUUCACUUUGUGGCGUCUCUCGAUCCAUCUCUCUAUCCAUUCUUUGUUGGUGUGUCAUAUCCAACAAGUUGUCGAUCCCCUUUGGUGUGUAAUAUCCAAAGAAUUGAUCCACCGAUAAAUCAAGAGUCUUCCGGUGGAUAAGAUAAGGAGACAAGGAUAAAAAGGAUAGAGGAUAAGAUAAGGAAACAAGUGACAUUCGCAAAGAGAAGAAAGAGUUUGAUAAAGAAGGCACAUGAACUCUCUGUUCUCUCUGAUGUCCCCCUUGGUCUCAUCAUCUUCUCUUACUCCAACAAGCUCUAUGAUUUCUGUUCCAGCUCCACCAGCAUGGAGAAUCUCAUCAUGAGAUACCAAAAGGAAAAAGAAGUUGGUCAUACCUCUGCAGAUCACAGUUUCCACCCUGCAGAUCAGUGUUCAAACUGUGCAAAGACGAAAGAAUCAAUGAUGAGAGAGAACGAGAAUCUUAAGAUGAAUCUUCAGUUGUACGAUGGACAUGGCUUGAAUCUCUUAACCUACGACGAGCUCCUUCAGUUUGAACUCCAUCUCGAAUCCUCUCUUCAACAUGCGCGAGCUCAUAAGAGAAUUAUGCAGUGUGAGUUCACGCAGCAACAAACAAACAAGCUCAAGGGAAAGGGAAAGGAAACAUUCAUGGAUGAUGAAACCCAACAUUUUCCCGAUCCGGGGCAAGGAGGAAACUCUUGGCAGCAUCUGAUGUGGCAAGCAGAGAGACAGAUGAUGACGUGGCAAAGACAAGACGAUGAUGAUGACGUCACACGCCUGCAAGUGCAAGUGAAGGAGUUCCUUUUUGACGGUGAGGAAGAACAACAACAACCCACCGGUGCUCUUCAGCUCCUCCAGCUGCCACAGCCAUCAUCAUCAGCACAACCACCCCCAAACUAAUUAGGCCCAUAUUACUAGUCUACCUCAUAGUUAUCAAACUCAAAUUAAGAAUUGACCCGGUUUGAUUUGGUAUGGUUCGGUUAUUGAUAUCAGACAGUUAAUUAAUUUUCCGGUUAUUGUCUUUCCUGGUUUCUUCUAAUUAACCAACAAACACAUUGAACUUUCGGGUUGGUUUAAGGAAAUGUUUCUCUAUUUAAUUACCGUAUUUACGACUCCAUGCCACUACAGUAAACUAGGUAUUAUUACACUUCAUUGCCACUGGAUUAAACAGGGUGUUCGGAGAAACCAAAUCAACGUAACCUUCCGAUGAACCGGAAAAAAACUCGACGACAACGUCUUCCCUCGAGACCGACGGAGAAUAGACAAGGAGCCAACGACAAUUCCACACAGUCAGAAGUUCCGAUUCGUGCAGCAAUGAACCAAAUCGAAGAUCCUCCAAACCCUAAUUUACCAGAACGUCUCUUACCAGUCGAUAGCUACUCCGACGGAGCACGUCUUAACAUAUACUCGAGACCAGAGUACCUCGGUACAAUCGCUACACUUCUCAAAGGAUCUAAAGAAUGGGAACGAAUCAAGAAUUCACAAUUCGGUAAAAUCUUCGAACUCCCUGUAGCUCGAUGCUCACAUUCAGGUAAACUGUUACACGGUUUGCUCUCCCGACAGCUCGUAACCGAAAAGAAACACGAGAUGUGGUUCGUGUUCGGUGGACACCCAAUGCGUUUCUCCAUGAGAGAGUUUCACAUUGUGGCUGGUCUCCGUUGCGGUGAGUUACCAUCGCAAGACGAGGUAGACAAGCACAAGGAUCAGUACUUGUCUGUGUGGCAUAGGCUGUUCGGAAAUAAAACCAUGGUUACGGUCGCAAAUGUGUUGGAUAUGUUGUUACAGAACGAUAAAACGACAGAGAAGAAGAAGCAGUUCUCGUCUUGGAAAAAGCUUUGUCUUGCUCUCAUUGUGAUUGUGGAUGGUGUUGUUGUAUGUCAUGACCAAAGCUUUGUUAGUACUGAGUUUGUGGAGAUGUUGAAUGAUAUUGACUACUUUUUGGAUUACCCCUGGGGGAGGUUAGCUUUUACCGCGACCAUUCGUCGUUUCGGGCCGCCUAUGGAUGCGACUAAUCCUAUAGGGAAACUUAAGAAGCGUUUGAAACAGAAGACGAGUGCAUGUUACGGUUUUCCUCUAGCGCUACAGUUACAAGCUCUUGAAUCCAUUCCGGUUAUAUUGGAGAGGAUAAAAGAUCCGAUGGAUCUUCGUAACUUCACCGAGAGGUCAGCUGAAGGGUUGUCAUGCGCAGUUCUGCUUCAUGAGAGUAAAUUACUCAACGCUGAGGUUGAUGCCAAGCUUCUGGUAGCACAUACAUUGUAUCCUAAGGGAACAAUUAACGAAGCAGAGUUGGUUUGGGACACAGAGGUUUCUGAUCCUAAGGUGGAUUUCAUGUUGAAACUGAUCAACGAGGGACAUGUUUUCAAACCGUUUGAAUGGCCAGUCUUGAAAGCAGCCAAUCAAGAAGUCAAUAUUCAAGAAAAGCCUAUUCUAGAUAAGGCGAAGCCUAAACAUUUUACUAGGUGUUCUAUGAAGGAGAAGGAAGUUGUCAAGCCUCCUACUACCAUCCAUAAACAUACUUCUCAGAAAAAACCAACGGCCAAAGUUCAUUUUAGCGGAGAAAGUAACGACCCGGGGUACGUCACGCUUGCUCACUUGAAUGACAUGAAGGAGUGGAUACUGAAACAGAAUGAAGACCUUAGAAGCAAGAUUAGGGAGGACGUUACAGAAAUUGUUGGUUCCAAAUCACAUUCGCAGGAAGACACACCUGAAGGAGGAGCAUCUAAUCUGCGCCGAUCAAACAGGCUUAACACCAACUGUUUGGAAAUGAUGGCUAACACUGAUGCACCCCCUACAGAAACGCGAAAACGCAAAAGGAUAGAGGCUCAUUCCAUAUCAACUAGAAGUGAGUCAGCUGGUGACAUUGAAGGUGGAGAGGAUGUUCAGUUUCUAGGGACAUUGGCUAGGGAAGGUGGAGAGGAUGUACAGAGUCCAUGGAAUGAGGACGGAAAUGCGCAAAGCCCCGGUACAUUUGAUCAAUAUGAUGAUUAUGGAGAUGCUCUAAAAAUCACUCAGGAAGAUGAUUUGAUGCAGGAAAUUAACGACUCUGAUCACUGUCCAAAUUGUUUGAAGACGAAAGAAUCAAUGAUGAGAGAGAUAGAUAAUCUUAAACUGAGUCUUCAAUUGUACGAAGGACAUAACUUGAAUCAUUUAAACUACGACGAGCUCCUUCGUUUUGAGAUCCAACUUGAAUCUUCUCUGCAUAAUGCUCGAACCCGUAAGUUUGAGUUCAUGCGGCAGCAGCAAGACAAACAUAAGGAAAAGGGAAAGGAAAUACUCAUGGAUGAAGAAAGCACACAUUUUACCAAUCCGGUACGUGCCUUGUGUCAAAGGCAAGAAGAUGAUGACAUCAUGCACCGGCAAGUGAAGAAGGAGUUCCCUUCUUACGGUGAGGAACCGACCGGCGUUCGUCACCUCCCCCAGCUGCCACAACCAUCACAACCAGCCCCACGACUAGGCCCAUAACUGAUGCAGCGAUCUCUCUGUCUAGCUAAUAAUCAGAUAAUAACUUAAGCAGUUCGACCCGGUUUGGUUUGGUUAGGUUGAUACCAGCCUACAAGACAGCUAGUAUAUAUAUAUCCGGUUAUUGUCUUUGCUGACUUCUAAAUUCUAAUGGACAUUGACCAUGCUUUGAGGUUCAACAACAACAAAAAAACUCUUAUCCUCAUGAAAGUUGUAGUAUCACAAUUCACAACUUCGUAGUAUAAAGCUGUUCCUUAGCUUUUUUUUUCCAUU